UCCAGUCAGGGAUUCUCUGCUUGCACUGUACAUGACAGAAGCGUCAUUGUAGUUUUUUUGCUGUCAUUGUGCAAGCAUAUGGAUACUGCGCUAUCUGGAUUUAAUAUCCGUUACGACAUUGUAUUGCUUUUUACCGGUUUCCCUCAUAUUUUUUUCUCUGUGGAAUAAGUACAAUUCGAAAGCUUGCUUGCUCGCAAAUGCUUUCUCUUCCGUCUUUUCUCUGCAAAUGUCAGUGGAAUAAUAUAACCCAGGAAGGGAAGCAGUGUUUCUGCAGUUUUCUACAAAAAUACGUGAUAAAUAAUUUCGACUGAUGCAUCCAAGACAGACACGCAGCUUCCCCAUGCUUGACUUUGAGGACGAUAUAUUUUAAAGGAUAUCCAAAACUUGCUACUUUCCCAAGGAUCUUUGCUCGCUGCUGAAAGGGGCGUAUCGUUAGCCAAGAUCAAGCAUUCCUGACGCUUUUUUUUAUUCUACAGCGGCAGACCACGUUCCGUGUCUGCACAAUGCUGUAAGUUCAUUUGCUGCUGAAAGUUGAAGGGAAUGGUGCAGUUUUGCAGCUUUGUCGCAAGACGUUUCCUUAUUGAUAUUUAUGUGUUUGUUAUAAUUUUUGUGUUUUUCAAUAUAUAUACAUAGAAACGCAUCAAUUUAUAUUUGGAUAACAUUGGUCUGUGCAUUGCCGUGCUUUCUUUCAAGGUCAGAAAUACAACGCUUUUUUGCACUGUGAGACAUUGAUUCUUCUUUUUUAAUCAUCUUAACAACACAAAUAUUAUUUAGUCAGUUCGUUCAUGCAAAUUAUUUGAAUUGAGCACCUUACUCGUGGAGCCGUGGGCAUGUAUUUUGUGUGAAACUGUUGGUACAGACAGCCUUUGUCAAACCGUUCCUAAGGCGUGAUGGCAAACGAGAGUCCUUACGAUAAUCGGAAUAUAGUGGAAAAAUACAUAUAUCACAAACUGUUGAAAAAGGGGUAUGUAUGGGAAUUACAAGAGGCCGGGGAAAACGAUUCUCCAAAUAACGGAUUAGCAGAUAGCUCCCCCUCCAACUCUCAAGUUUUGACACGGCGAAUCCAAGCAGCCACGGAUGGAGAGAACGUUUCCCCUUUUCCCAACCGACUCCCGCAACCCGACCCUCACGCUGCUCUGCACCGUGUUCUGCGUGAAGCAGGGAAUGAAAUUGAAAGGAUGUAUCUUCGGGACUUUGCUGAAAUGUCAGACCAGUUGCAUUUCACACCCAGCACGGCACAGCGCAAGUUUACCGCGGUUGUUGAAGAACUGUUCAGCGAUGGAGUGAACUGGGGUCGGAUCGUGGCGUUCUUCGAGUUCGGUGGAACUAUGUGCGUGGAGAGUGUGAACCGCGAGAUGACGUCCCAGGUCGAUAACAUUGCACACUGGAUGGCGGAGUAUCUAAAUGGACCCCUUCAGAUCUGGAUUCAGGAGAAUGGAGGCUGGGAUGCCUUCGUGGAGCUGUAUGGUCAGCAGAGAGAGUCGGUGUUCCGCUGCUCCUGGCCGUACAUAAAGACGGUCUUCGGCUUGGCCGCCCUGGGGGCCGCAGGGGUCACCAUCGGGGCCUAUUUCACGCAGAAGUGAAGAAGCCCAGGAGUCCAUUUUACAAGCACCUCUCAGAAGAGCACUGCCCAUCACAGAGCAUUCUCUUCUACACACACACACACACACACACAUACACACACAUGCACACACACACACAUACACAUACACACACGCACACAUACACACAAGUGCACAACCCUUCAACGCCUUCACUGAUAUGAUGAGUCUAUACAGGAAUGCCCCCAGUGGCACAUACUGAGAAAACAAAACAUACACACUCAUGCAUACAUAUAUACAUACAUGAAAAAGCUAAGUCACUGCCUAAUGAAAAUUUUGCAAGAGAUAACCCCCAAAAUAGAAAAAGUUAAGGGUUAUGUUGAAGCAUACGGUCCUGGGUUUUGAUGUUUUUUGUACUAUUUUUAGCAUGAGUCUGUGAUACAUGUGUGUAACUCUGGUGUGAAUGUACAUACAACUCUGACUGUUGCCCUUGAAGAGGGACUUUUGAAUGAUGGUUUUCAGCAUGUUCCUGCUCCUUGGAGACUUUGGAGAUGCUGCGACUGUCCUAGUAGGGCUA